GGGGCCGCGGCCUGAGGCGGAGGUGCCGCUCUCGGCCCCAGGGGCUUCCCUGGGGCUGCUGAGAUCCGGGGACUGCCCUCGAAGGUUCAUCCCGGGCUGCCUCAGGCCAGGGCAGCGGCCGCCCCACGGUGCGGCGGCGGAGGAUGCUCAGGCUGGCGCCGGUCUGUCACUCACCGUGGUGCUGCUCUGUCGCUCCUGUUUGUCAGCCAUAGGCGCCCUUAGGGACAGCAGAGUACAAAACUGGAGCAAACAACUGAGGAUGUCAUCCUGUUUGGCUCAGGAGGUUCACCUUGCUAGAAGACAUGAGGAGAUACUGUCUCAGAGAUCAGAGCUGCUACAGCAGAUGGAGACUUAUCUAAGAGACAAAAAGACUAAAAAGACAUGGCAAACUCAAGCAGCUGAUGCAGCUCAUAAAAGGAAUGCAGCACUUUUAAAUGAUAUAGAAGCAGCAGAAAAAAGGCUGCAAGAAAGAACAUAUUUACUUCCACAUCCUGAUACUGUUAAGUUAGAAACUCUCUAUUGGGCAUCAAUAAAAGAAUCUCUCCCCAAAUGGGAAGAGUUUCUUUUAGGAAGAGCAGAAGUUCCUAUUGGCUUUAAGAAAAUGAAAGCUACAAAGCAGAGCAUAAACUACCCUGAAGAAGAUUCACAAAAAUAAACAUUUUAGUUUCAUUUUGUUUUGUAAUUUAUCACUUAACCAGAGAAGAUCAUCCAGAUAUCAACAGAAUAUCAUGCCAUUAAACUGAAAUGUAAAUAAUUUAAAUUAAAAUGAAUUACAUAGGAUUAUUUAAUUCCA